GCUGACAGAAGUGAAGUAUCAUUACCAGUUCAUGUUUACAUCGCAUCAUUCCCCUGAAAACAAACAAUCCUCUGCAGCUGUUAAUCAAUUCAACAAACUAGUCAUUAUCGAUGAGCUCCUCUACUCCAAUGGAUCUGCCACGUGUUCUCAUUGUCAGCUCCCAAGUGGAUAAAGCGAGUAAUUUAGCAAAAGAUAUGGGGGCGAAUCUUCUCGCUGAAGAGGGCAAAGUGAAAUAUUUCUCGUGGGUUAUCGAUAAUAAAUAUUACACAGCACAGGCGCUUCUGUGCACCACUCAUCAGUUACCUUUGGAGAUACCUGUGGAGGGGAUCGAGGCUGUGAUACUGUGUUAUGACCCAAAGGAGACUGAGGGAAGCCUGGGAAGUUAUGUUGCACUUGUUGAGGGCUUGACGGACGCUGAUGUCAUGCUGUUGGCUUGUGAUAGCUUUCCAGAUGCUAACAAAAGAGACGAAGCAACUGAGUGGUGUCACAUCAAUAAAUUCGAGCUUGUGGACAUGGAGUUACCUGCAGACUCGUCAGAAAGUAUGGAGGAGGGUGUGGAGCAAGAGAAUUAUGGGAUUGAGAGGAUUAUCGAAGCUUUGCACACACACUGUUGGCCAAACAGGGAAUUGAAAGGAUUAAAUAAUGGCAGAAUUUCCACAUCAAAUGAGCCAGACGUGAGUGAUGUUGAGAGUCAGCUGGAAAAUAUUCGCCUGCAUCCUAAUCGAGAUCCAGCUAAUCAUUUAUUGAUGGAGAGUGUCUUAGAUGGCAUAAUGGGCGAGGAGAACGCAGAUUUCGGUGAAUUAUUCGGCCAAUUAAUGGCGAUGAAGGAGCACGCAGCGUCUUUAUCAACGAGUAAUCGUAAAGCAGCUGCUGAACAGCUGGUCACAGCCUUCUGGAGGGCUAUGGGUGGAGAUCCCGCUGAAAUUGAGGAUCUGGACCAAUAGAAACGACAAAAGCCCCUGUGAAAAUAUUCGAAGAAUCUUCAAUUGUACAGAAACUAAUUAGAAACCAUUGUAAGCAAAUCGUAUUCUUUUUUUUUUAAUAAAAAUUCAUCUCAUGUGAA